AUGCCAUAUCCUAAUCAGUUAGAAGCCAUGACUAUCAUAGAGAUGGUCCAAUCUUUCACCCUUUACCAAAAAUUAAGUCAUUUGGUCACUUUUGACUUCUUUGGAGUCAUGGAGAGUAGGCGAAUCGUUUCAUUACAAACAUUAGGCAUUCAAAUGAAUUUUUUUUUUCAUAUUGUUCAUUGGCAAAUUUUAUAA